AUGGGGGCGUCGGGGCGGCUCCUGCACACGGUGAUCCCCGGCGCCCCGGGCUCCGGCAAGCACACCCUGGCUUUGCGCAUCACCAAACACUUCCGGCUGAAAAAGUUCUCCAGCGGGGACCUGAUCCGAGAAAACAUGCUGAGGGACACAGAGAUCGGUGUGCUCGCCAAAGUUUUCAUGGACCAGGGGAAGCUCAUCCCGGACGACGUCAUGACCCGGGUGACCCUUCACGAGCUGAAAAAUUUCAGCCAGGAGAGCUGGCUGUUGUGUGGUUUCCCCAGAACACUACGACAAGCUGAGGCCCUGGAUAGAGUUUAUCAGAUACACCUGGUGUUGAACCUGAACGUGCCCUCUGAGGUCAUCCAGCAACGCCUCUCCGCUCGCUGGAUUCAUCCAGGCAGUGGGCGCGUCUACAACCUCGAAUUCAAACCUCCCAACGUGGUUGGUGUGGACGAUCUGACCGGUGAGCCUUUCGUUCAGCGUGAGGACGAUAGACCAGAGACGCUCAUCAAGAGGCUGAAGGUUUACGAAGCAACCAAACCUGUCCUGGAAUAUUACCGGAAGAAGGGAGUGUUGGAAACUUUCUCCGGAACAGAGACCAACGAGAUCUGGCCCUGUAUGCAUGCUCUCCUGCAAACAAAAGUUCCACAAAUAGACCCAAAAGCAUCGGUUAUUCCAUGAGGACACAUGCUGGCUGGCAGUUAGCAAGACGAACAGAAUCUCUUCUUCUUUUCGUUUACAAGUUCCUUGUUCUAAGUACUCUGCCGUGGACGGAUUCCUUGAAAGUUACAUUAGUUCAUUUCUGUGGAUGUUAUUUUGUUAUUUUCUAAGGAUCCGCCAAAUGAGUCUCAUGCUGAAAUUUGUCUUUGGAGAGUUCCUGGUGUGUUUCAUCCAGCUUU